CCCUCUGCCGAGAGCUCCGAAAACAAUUUUAAGAUGGCGGCGGCGGCGGCGCGGAAAACAAUGGGGCCGGGCCGGCGGGGACAGGCCGAGGCCUGAGGUGGGCAGCGAGCGCCUGCCCGGGUUGGGCCGAGCGGGGCCAGAGGAAGACCCCCGCCGCGCGCGAGCCCGUCCCGCAGCUCGCGGGGCCAUGGCGUGGCAGUGAGGCAGCCGGGCAGCCGGCGCGGAGCGGGGCGUGCAGUGCCAGCCGGCCCGAGAGGCCCGCCUCGGGCCUGGCCUGAGCAGCCCGCGGCCCAUGGUGCUGCCCACCUGCCCCAUGGCGGAGUUCGCGCUGCCGCGGCACAGCGCGGUCAUGGAGCGCCUCCGCCGGCGCAUCGAGCUGUGCCGGCGCCACCACAGCACCUGCGAGGCCCGCUAUGAGGCCGUAUCGCCCGAGCGCCUGGAGCUCGAGCGCCAGCACACCUUCGCCCUUCACCAGCGCUGCAUCCAGGCCAAGGCCAAGCGCGCCGGCAAGCACCGGCAGCCGCCCGCCGCGGCCCCGGCGCCGGCCCCGGCCCCGGCGCCGGCGGCGGCGCCCCGCCUCGAUGCCGCCGACGGCCCUGAGCACGGCCUCCCGGUCGCGCAUCUCCAUGAUACGGUAAAGAGGAAUCUCGACAGUGCCACUUCCCCUCAAAAUGGUGAUCAGCAGAAUGGCUACGGAGAUUUCUUUCCUGGGCACAAGAAGACGCGCCGAGAGGCCUCUCUCGGAGCCGCCGUCUCUUCCAACGGCCUGCCCCCGGCUUCCCCGCUUGGCCAGCCCGACAAGCCUGGCCCUGAAGCCCUGCAGGCCACUGGGAAGCACGCACUGGGCCUGGACUCCAUCAGCAAGAAGUGUCUGGCAGACUCUAGCCUCCACCUGAACGGAGGCAGCAACACUAGUGAGUCAUUUCCCCUGAGCCUGAAUAAAGAACUGAAACAGGAGCCCAUGGAUGACCUGCCUUGCAUGAUCGCAGGGGCCGGAGGCUCCAUCUCUCAAGGCAACCUCAUGCCUGACCUCAACCUCAAUGAGCAGGAGUGGAAGGAGCUCAUUGAGGAGCUGAACAGGUCAGUGCCUGAUGAAGACAUGAAGGAUCUGUUCAAUGAGGACUUUGAAGAGAAGAAGGACCCAGAGUCUUCUGGUUCUGCCACACAGACCCCCUUGGCACAGGAGAUUAAUAUUAAGACAGAAUUCUCUCCAGCGGCCUUUGAACAGGAACAGUUAGGCUCUCCACAAGUGAGGGCUGGGUCUGCAGGACAGACCUUUAUGGGGCCUUCAUCUGGCCCUGUGACCACAGAUUCACCCAGCCUCGGGGGCUCCCAGCCCCUCUUCCACACCGCUGGUCAGCCUGGGGUGGACAGCCCCAGUCCCAGCCUGAUGCCGGCAUCAGCCCAGGCCCAGAAUGCACAGAGAGCCCUCUCCAGUGUGGUGCUGCCUAGCCAGGGCCCAGGCGGAGGCUCAGAGCUGUCCUCUGCCCACCAACUCCAGCAGAUCGCUGCCAAGCAGAAGCGUGAGCAGAUGCUCCAGAACCCGCAGCAGGCUGCCCCAGCACCCGCUCCAGGCCAGAUGUCCACGUGGCAGCAGACAGGCCCCGCCCACAGUCCCUUAAACGCCCCUUACCCCGUGGAAAAGCCAGCGAGCCCUCCUGGUUACAAGCCAGACUUCACCACUUCCAAACUGCUCAUGAUGCCCAGUGUCAACAAGAGCUCCCCUCGACCUGGAGGCCCCUACCUCCAGCCCAGCCAUGUGAGCCUGCUGAGCCACCAGCCGCCAAGUAACUUGAAUCAGAACCCCGUGGCUAGCCAAGGCUCGGUGCUGGACUAUGGCAACACCAAGCCCCUUUCUCACUACAAAGCAGACUGUGGACAAGGCGGCCCUGGGGCUGGCCAGAGCAAGCCGGCCCUGAUGGCUUAUCUUCCCCAGCAGCUGCCUCAUCUUAGCAGUGAGCAGAGCUCCUUAUUUCUGAUAAAACCAAAGCCAGGAAAUAUGCCCUUCCGAUCACUGGUCGCACCUAGCCAGGACCAGAACCCUCCCAAUGUCCCUGUACCGACGCAGGCUGCCAGUGUGGGGACUCAGCCACCUGCUGUUUCCGUGGCCAGCACUCACAGUAGCUCCUCCUAUAUCAGUAACCAGCAGCAGGCAGCUAUAAUGAAGCAGCAUCAGUUGCUUUUGGACCAACAGAAGCAGAGGGAGCAGCAACAAAAACAUUUGCAGCAACAGCAGUUUUUGCAAAGGCAACAGCACCUUCUGGCAGAACAGGAGAAGCAGCAGUUUCAGCGCCAUCUGACCCGCCCGCCACCCCAGUAUCAAGACCCAACACAGAGCACCUUCCCACAACAGGUUGGACAGUUCACAGGGCCCUCUUCUGCCAUGCCUGGUGUGAACAGCUUGGGUCCAUCUAGCUCCAGCUGUCCCCGAGUGUUCCCUCAGGCUGGGAAUCUGAUGCCAAUGGGCCCUGGACACACUUCGGUUUCUUCUCUCCCCUCAAACUCAGGCCAGCAGGACCGGGGUGUGGCUCAGUUCACUGGCUCCCAAAGCAUGCCCCAGAGCAGCCUCUACGGCAUGACUUCCGGCAUAACCCAGAUGGUUGCCCAGCCUCCACCACAGGCCACCAACGGACAUGCCCACAUUCCGCGGCAGACCAGCGUGGGCCAGAACACCUCGGUUUCAGCUGCCUAUGGACAGAACUCGCUGGGGAACUCUGGUCUCUCCCAGCAGCACAGUAAGGGGACCCUGAACUCGGGUUUAACUAAGCCACAGGUCCCAAGGGUAUCAGCAGCCAUGGGAGGCCAGAAUUCCACCUGGCAACAUCAGGGAAUGCCAAACCUGAGCGGCCAGCCCCCAGGAAACAGCACCGUAAGCCCGUUCACUGCAGCCUCCAGUUUCCACCUGCAGCAGGCCCACCUGAAAAUGUCCAGCCCGCAGUUCUCUCAGGCGAUGCCCAGCAGACCCAUGGCCCCCAUGAGCUCAGCAGCUGUGGCAGGGCCCAUGCUGCCCACUGUGAACGCACAGCAGAGGACCAGUGCCCCUGCCCCAGCACCUCCCCAGGGAGCCCCACAGCAGGGCUUGUCGGGCCUGAGCCCGGCAGGGCCAGAGCUGGGGGCCUUCAGCCAGAGCCCUGCCCCAGCCAUGGGCGGCCGGCCAGGCCUGCACUGUGCCCAGGCCUACCCCGUGCGGACCGCAGGCCAGGAGCUGCCCUUCGCCUACAGCGGGCAGCCGGGCAGUGGCGGGUUGGCCAGCAUGGCUGGGGACGCCGACCUGAUCGACUCCCUGCUGAAGAACAGGACUUCAGAGGAGUGGAUGAGUGAUCUGGAUGACCUCCUUGGGCCUCAGUAGCAGGAGGAUUUGUGGUGUUUUCAGUGUUCACACAGCCUGUAUUUUUGUUCUCAGAUUCAAGAAAGAGUAACUACUUUGGACCAAAAGCCCACAGCCCAGGGAGCCGGGCAGGCAGAGCUGAGGCCUGGUCCUCCCGGGACCGUGGGGCCCACGGCUCCCAGCCAGCAGUUGGUAUGUCGGGCUGGCCCGCCCCCAUCUGCUGGUGUCACUGUAUGGGGUUGGCACAGCACGACAGGGUUCUACAGGUGGUUUUUUAAUCCAGAAGACCAAAAAGCCAACAGUAAAACCCCUUGACGCCAGGUUUAUAAAAAUCUGUGCUAUCAUUUUGAUCUAAUCCAAGAUUUCUCCACUUGGCCCAGUGUUGGGACAGAUUUUUGUUGAAACUUUAUAGUGGAACUAUUUGCAAUUUGUAGCAUAGAAAAGAUUUUUUAAAGGUUUUAAGGUUUUAAAACAGAUUAGGGUAGGUGGUUAAAAUCUAUAAGUGGCAUUGGAAACUUAGGGUUUCCUUUUGAUCAAGAGCCUUUUUUAUUCCUGCUCUUUGUCAGCUUUCAGGACAAAGAGAGGCUCACUGGAAAAUUGCAUGUGCCAAAAAGGAACGGGAUGCCGUGAGCAGCAGAGCUAGUGGCAGAGAUGCGGUCGUUACUGCAGCCCCGCGUUCUCCCAGAGUGCUGUUCUUCCGCGUUGGCAUUCAGGGGGACCUGGGCUGAGGAGUCCCUUCCUCCCGUGUUUUCAGAGCAGGACCCCAGGCUAAAGGCUGUAAUACAAACUGGGGCUCCUGUGUCUCUCUUGUUGUGACUCCCCAGCGUUUGCAGUUUCUCUGGAGACUCGUAUUUACUGUAUCAGGAAGGUGAUCAUUGUUGAGUUGUGCACAGGUGUCUUCUUUCACCCUGUCUUCAUUUCCCAUAACCGUUCUUUCUGCCUCCCGUUCUUUAUUUCUCCAGCCCAAGUGGAAAACCUCCUUAUGGCACUAAUUUACUAGAUUGGAGAGGAAAAGAGUCAUUAGAACUCCCCAGGAAACCCUAGCAUUGUAAGGAGGCGGGUAUCCCCUCCCCAGAAAGCAGAGGUUCAGGGGAAGGAGGAAAGAGGACACAGGCCAGAGGAAGGGGGCCCCACUCCGUUCUGCUACUGCUGCCACUGCCUCUUCAGACGACUUGCACUUUUUAGAGAGAAUUGCUUUGUAACACUAACACAUCCUUUCUAAAAAUUCAAGUGGAUUUCUCUUUUAAGGUCUAUGACUGUUUAGGUCUUGACUAAGCUAAGAGUCCACGUAGUAGUAUUACCUGUGGGCCGUUGUGGAAAGUGAAGACGGAGAGAGCACUUCAGUAUAGCAGAAGCAGUAAGCAUAGGGUGAAACUCUUUCAGAUGGAAUGCUGGAGGGAAAGUAGUACACUGAAAAGAGUGGCUUAUAUGCAGAGUGGUCUCUGGCGGAAUCACAACCCCAUUUUUAUUUCCCUGGAGUUUCAAAAUGGAUAAUUCAAGGAGUAUCAUAUGUGAAAAAUUGAGCCAAGAAAAGUGCUCACACAACCAGCUUGAGUGGCUUUGAGGGGAUGAAGGGUUGUGCACACAUCGGUUGUUACUUUGCACCAGCAGUGCCUUUCAUGGGGGUGCUUGGACCCUCAGGUCUUCUCUAGUAGCCAUUUGCCGCCGUGAGUGGCGUUCGGGCCAUUUCCCUUUUAUCGCCCUCCCAGCCUUCCCCGGAGGCUGGAUAUAGCUCAGAGAAAGGGAUGCGUCAUAAAGCCAGUGGAGACGCCGCCCUCCGAGUGAGCGCCCCAGUCUGAAGGGGAAGAGGGUGACUUCAGUGGGUUUUUUUUUUUUUUUUACCAAAAAUAGCGGCUGGAGGCUGGUGAUGGGUCCCUGUUCCUCUCCCGGUCUCCCUCUGGCUGCCGCUCACCUCUGUCCUCGGCACUCACACCUCUGCCCCGCCUUGUGGGGAGGGCUGCCCCUGCCUUAGUCCUGGGGCCACCCAGACAGAUGGCAGGCUUCUCACCUGCUGCUUGUCAGAGCAAUAAAUGUGAUGCUUGGGGGCCCCCCGGGGAGCUGCCAGUGGCUUUAUUUAUGAAUCUGGUUUUUGGGUAGUCAGGGAAGGAGACAACUCCACUUCAGUGCAAACCCCCAUCUUCCAGGAGCCAUGACUCAAAAGAAAAGGGUGCUCGGACUUUUGUUAUACACAUUUGCUUUGUGUAAAUAAAUGUUUACAAUUUUAUAUUAAAGAUGGAGUAAGCGUUAGAGCUUCUGACUGUAUAUUUUUUACUUUUAUAGAUUUAAAAACUAUGAUCCUUUAUAAUAUGUGUUUUGGGGGGCUAUAAGUUUUAUGACAAACAGUUGGUAUUGUUAACUUUUUACUGUCAUCAAAGUGCAUACAAAUUCUAUUAAUUCCCUUAUUCUUUUCCUUCCUUAACUCUGGUAUACACCAAAAAGAAGUCUUUCCUUUCCUGUUUUAUCACUAUAAAAUAAUAAAAGUAUUUUGCUAGUAUGGAAA